CCGCCGUCACUACUCCGCACACGCGAUCACCGUGGGGCACGGACACGCUCUUCUCUCUCUCUCUCUCUCUCUUUCUCUCUCUAGCUCUCUCUCUCUUCGAAUGCCUUCUCGCCGCUGCCACCCGCUAUUUUCGCGCGACGCGUGCUCGCUGCCGCACGAUCGGGACGCGUGUGCCCCGUGAGUGUCGCCCCGUGACCGUCGCCGUGAGAGGGUCAGCGAGCGAGUGCACCGGAGGUGCACCCCCCAGUGAAUUGACCCCCGUGCGUCACCGUCGCGCAAUUCGCGAGAGACGUGGAUUAAAAAAAGAGAGAAAAGUGAGAGACUCCAACUGAUGAAAAUUCCGGGACGCGUAUAAUCGAGGACGUGGACGCUGGCGAUUGUUGCUGCGAGUGCUGCGAGUUCUCUUUUCUUUACUCCUUGGAUAUGAACCGCGCGCUCACGCGUCGAAGAGGGUGGAUUGUGUGACGCGAGAAGCCGGAGUGUGUACAGUGCGCCGCAGCGGUUGAUUUUCGUGAUCAUCCCCCUUCUCCAUCCGCCCGCCACCCGCCUGCUACCCGCAGCCGAGAUCACCCGUGCGUUAGCCACACGCAUUGCUUGCCGACGAUCCUCUUCUUCUUCUCUUCUGCAGAGUUGAGUGACACGAUCGCGGCGCCGCAAGAAAUCGGCCUGGUGGAUCAUCAUGGAUUGGACCCGCAGGAUCGGACUGACUGGCGUGUUAUUGCUCUGCCUCGGCUGGAUUGGGGAAACAAACGGCCUGAGGAUGUUGCAGCUGCAAGUGCCGCAGUACGUGGUGCGCGGGAACGAUAUACCUCUCGAUUGCAACUUCAAUCUGGACGGCGAAACGCUGUACUCGGUCAAAUGGUACAAGGAUGGCAACGAGUUCUACCGAUACCUGCCCAAUGAAAAGCCACCUGUUCAGACGUUCAACCACCCGGGUGUCACGGUGAUCAUUCAUGAUUCCACCGAGAAAAGGGUCGUCCUCAGGUCCGUGAACCUCAUGAGCUCGGGACGUUACAGAUGCGAAGUUUCGGCAGAGGCGCCAUCCUUUCAGACUGUUUCCGACCAUUCUGACAUGCUGGUAAUCGCCUUGCCGGAGAAAGGACCCACUAUCACUAUCAAUGGGGACUUACCGGGGAAAUAUCGUUAUCAAGUCGGUGACGUCGUCAGGUACAAUUGCAGUUCAGCCAUGUCGAAGCCAUCUGCCAUACUCAGCUGGUUUAUCAACGGCGAGCCCGCCGACACAGAGUUCUUGAGGGGGCCCCACAUCACCGACGUGAGCGGGGAGGGUCUGGAGACCGUCAUGCUCGGUCUGGAGUUCCGUCUGCGCUCGAAGCACUUCAAGAAGGGAGACUUGAAGAUCAAAUGCCUGGCGACGAUAGCGACCAUAUAUUUGAAAUCGAAUGAGCUCAGCAUAGAGGGUGAGAGGCCCCUGAAGAUGCCGGUAAUGGAGAGCAGGGAGACAAGGGCGCAAGGGCACACGCACGCCGAGCAUAUCCUAGCGAACGGAAGCGCAGCCCUGGUACCGUGCAUCGUCCUGGCGAUUGUCGCGGGACUGCUGCUGCUGCGGUAAAAACCGGAAGUGCACCACCCGCCCUUCGUGCUCAUCCUCCAGGCCUGCGACAACCACCCUCGUGUGACACGAUUUACGUAACAUAAAUUACUCAUGUUGUUUAUAUUUUUUAUAAUUGCAAGUAGCGGCGUUAGGAAUAAUCGUAAUAAUCGUAGACAGACGACACACUAUCGAUACGUUAGACCUUACUGGGAAGGGGAGGGGAGGAAAGAAAGGAAGGUUUUGCAAUUGCAGAGGAACGGUGAGAGUUCUUUUGAGGGAUGAAGAGUUUAUCGGAGAGCUGCGCGGCGACUUGGUCGUUUAAUUUCCGCACAUCACACGGAUCACGCGAGCCCUCGCGCGAGAACCGCGUCCCCGUUACGUGCGCAUUCGUCGUUGAAAAUAACGUUACUUACGCGUGCAAUCGGUUCGUUUGGCGCGGAAAAUUCGCAGUCGCUCACCCUUUGCGUCUCUGAGCGGCGAUUUGCGUGUAAAUCGAUUUCUCCAAAUACACGCGGACACACGCGCGCGGUAUCCGCCGGUGCAAAUCGAGGACGCGGCGAGUCCGCAUUUUAUCGAGUUUUCAUUAAGCGCGCCCUGUGUCUGAAUCAUAGGGGCGAUGGAGUACAAGUGCACUUUAUUCGGUUGCAAAGCAAUACAAUUAACGAUUUUAAAUGUAGAAAAUUCCCCGCAGAUUCUCGCGUCGCGUCGCAUGCUAACGCUCGCGAUAUCGAAACAUUUCGAUAGCGCUACUCCGGGGCGAGCAGAAAUUUCAUUUUUACACGUGAUCGAGUGUACUUAUUAAGCGGAAUUUCAAUGUCCAAAAAGAAUGAUGCGCCAAGUGGCCGGCUUUUAUCCCGGAUAAGAUCGCAAUUGUCGGUCGCCGGCGCGCUCGGCACUCCGCUCGGCGAGUACGCGACCCGGACGGGAGGACGUGGGACACGAGAACGCGCACACACGUGAGACCAGGCUGGACUUACACGCCGCGUGUGUAAAUCAAUAAGAUAAAUACGAGAACCCGUAGUUGUACACGGUACACCGAGGGCAGGCAGCGACAGCAACACCGCAAUAAAACAAAUCAUCGUUCCCGUUUCGCCAGCAUCCGCGAAUCCUCUUUACGAUCUAGUCGCUAUAUUAAUCGUGCGUUAACGAGAUAAUGUCUUUAGGGAUAAUCGUACGAGACGUGUGCGUGACUGUAGCGUGCGUUUACCAAAGAUUUUUUCCGACUCUUUCACGCUGUAAGCAUUCCUAAUUGUUACUUAAUCCUGGUGGCACAGUGUGUAGAGAAAUUUCGUAUGUAUUAACCUGCCACACACUCUUUAUCUAUGGUAGAUGUAAGGGCACACUCUGUACAUAUGUAUAUAUUAUAUAAGAUAUACAUAUAUAUAUAUAUAUAUAUAUAAAUGAAAUCGUAAAAGAGCCGGACGAUAUGAUGUAUACACCUCCAAUUUAACGUUUCCGGACGGAAUAUACUAAUACAGAUUUACGGGAAGAGCGGUACCGUUAAUAAAACUCCCUGCGGAAGUAUUUUCUUCAGUAAAUCGCACGAGUCUCUCUCUCGAAAAAUGUGUUGUACAUCGAUCUAAUAAAACCGUAAUGUGU